AAAAAGAUUAAAAGGAAAAGAAGAAGACUGUGGCGGAGACGCAAUCAGAUGUUCACACCACUCCCAUUUUUCAGACCGCCGCAGCCAUUGUUCCUCCGCCGUCCCUAUUACACCGGUCACGCACUGGACACGGGCGAUCUUUUUCGCUCUGUUCUCUCUUUUGUGAUUUCCGAGAUUAGCAGGGGCCGGAAUAGAUAAUAGUCAGUAUGCAUAAGACAGCGCAGGCGUGGUUCUCGGGCGGACCUAGCAGCGAUCUCGACAAGACCUCGUCCUCUCUGCUCGCCGACUGGAACGCUUACGCUGCUUCUUCCAAUGCCGCCGACGGCGAUUCCUCCUCCUUCGAUCUGGAAGCCGCCGUUCGGACAGCCAACGACAAGGUCACGUCUACAUUCGGCGUGGUUUCCAAAGGAGUGAAGGAAUUACCUGGAAGCUUCAACUCUGCGACAAGUAGUGUCCCUUCCGGAAAGUCUCUUAUGUACUUUGGAAUCUUCCUCGCUUCUGGGGUCUUCUUUAUCUUCAUUGCAUUCACUAUAUUCCUUCCUGUAAUGGUUCUAAAACCACAGAAGUUUGCAAUCUGCUUCACUAUCGGUUGUGCCUUCAUAGUUGGUUCGUUCUUUGCUCUAAAAGGUCCAAGAAGUCAGCUUAGCCACAUGUUAUCAAAAGAGAGACUCCCCUUCACAUUUGGAUUUAUUGGCAGCAUGGCCGGUACAAUUUAUGUAUCCAUGGUCCUUCACAGUUACAUUCUUUCGGUUAUUUUCUCUGUGUUACAGGUCCUCGCUCUAUCGUACUAUGCCAUCUCCUACUUUCCUGGAGGGUCAGCUGGAUUGAAGUUUCUCUCCUCAACUCUUGCUUCUUCCGUGCUCAGAUGUUUUGGAAGAUGACGACUCAUUUGCUCUUUACUACAAAUUCUUCUCUGUAAAGCCUACAUCGCACUCUUACUAACAGACAUUAGGGCUGCAUAGACAUCAACGCUCUUGAGAUGCUGGUUUGAUUUAACUGCUCAGCUAUACUAUUGUGCAGCAGUGAUCUUUAUUCUCAAGAUACAUCAAUCACUGAAAUAAAAAGACUAGAUUCAUUUA